ACCAAACUUGACUUUGCGAGAGGUCCAUGUGUGGCAACCAUUUGCCGAUAUGAUGGUCAUGUCAAAUUUAUUCUACUUACCACCGUACCACCACCAGCACACAUCUAUGGCCAUGACAAUAUCCUGACCAGCUAACGAUCCCAGCCAAAGCCAUGUCCAUCGAUGCCUCGCCUGGUAUUGACCCCAGAAAUCGGCCUCCAACGCGCCCUCCUCUCAUCAGGUCUCGAUCCGACACUAAUCCUCCGUUGACAUAUCCUUCGCCUCCACAACGCCUUCAGAAAGAUGCAACCCCCAGUCUUUCCACUUUCAUUGAUCAUCAUUCAAGCAAACCUGAUGUGAACGGCCAAGGCACUUCGGUCGUUUAUCCGAAUCGACCCCCUCGAAAUCCUGCGCGUGUAGCCCAGGAACGUCUUAUUGUUGUCCAGUCACCGACACCUAUUCUAUCAGCCAAGAAGUCAACAGUGAAGAGCUACAGACCUCGAACGGCGACGGGUACAAGGGAAGAAGUGACUCCCUGGGAGCUCCAUCCGCCUCCAGAUUCAUAUGGCAGAGACUCGUCGAAAUCUAAGGUAGUCGGGGUUACUGGAGAUAUUGUUGUUGAGCAGACUUCUAAACGCGCAGUACGGUCGUCUAGCUCCGUAUGUUUUCUCUUGACCUCUAUAGUCACCCCGCUUACUUUUCUCAACACCGUAUUCUUCCCACUUACUUCCUUCGAUGUUCUUAGGCACGUCCAGGUACCUCAUUCGGGAAUAGUACAGGAAUCAACUUUCCAGACAUAUCUAUACUUCGUCGAAAAUCUACUGGCAGUAAGCUCCAGAAGAAUAGACCCCCAAGUGGCCAUGCCUCACCCCAUACCCUGCGUCCAUUACCUACUAUUGCUGGCAAUCCUCCACUGCGACAACAACCAAGCCAGAUCAUACGGUCUCCAAAAUCCCCUCAUGCGACUCCCCGGGCAACCCAGAAAGCCCCAGAACGAGCCGUCCUCUCCGAACCAGAAUCCUUCUUCGAACGUCAAAUUAUCCCAGAAGGCCCCUCUCUAUCGCAUUCCUCUUCCUCGGCCACAACCUCCAGCGAUUUCGGUCCACGUAAAUCCACGUCGAUAUCUUCCUCCGAGAUCCAUAAAACUAAUCUCAAAUUCUCAACUGCGGAUCGAACAAUUCUGGAAGAAUUAAAGAGGAACAUCCAAGCUAGAGCUGCCCAGUUUGUUACCAAGGGUGGUGGACCUGCAAGUCACAAUGUGACUGAGCUUGGCGUUGCAUCGACGUUCAGCAUGGGAAGGGUAGGGGGUAUCGGAAGUGCCAGAAAGCAUCACCCGUAUCGAAAGGAAGAAGCGCCGUAUCCACGAAGCUAUGAACGGGAAGUCCUGGACUUGGACGUCUGGGAAAACCUAUUCUGUAAACAAAUAUGUGGUAGCUUAACCUGGCAUGAAUUCGAGCAACCUCCCACCAAGGUUCUGGAUAUUGGUUGUGGUACUGGCAGCUGGAUAUUGGAUUGCGCAAUAGUUUGGAGGCAUUGUCACUUUGUUGGGCUUGACAUUGUCCCAUUGCACCCUGAUCUCAAACAGGUCGGGUCCAAUGAUUUGGCUCAGAGAAUCACAUGGAUCCAGGAUAAUUUUCUAGACGGCUUACCGUUCCCUAAUGAAGAGUUUGAUUUUGUGCAUAUUAAACGCAUAGCGCGAGGAGUUCCCGAGGAUAAGUGGGACUUUCUUUUUGAGGAGAUCACACGCGUCAUGAAACCUAGCGGUGCUUUCGAGAUGAUUGAAGAAGACCUCUUUUUCCCGGGAUAUCGAGAUAACAGCAAUGAUGAAGACGAAGACGGAGCCAAUAACUCAUGGUCACAAGAUUCACGGCGGCCCAUAUUGCGGAGAGCUUCAAUUGGGACCAAUCGCGGUUCAUUUCCAAGUGCUAUCCAACGGUCCAGCGGUUUAAUGGCGCCCUCCGGUUCUGAUAUCAGCGACAUUGAUUAUGACCUCGAUUCGGAGUCGGCGUUCACAAGUUCCGCUGGAUCAGGUUCGCUCCAUAGGUUAUCGAAUGAACUCAGUACGCCUUCAUUAAAGUCGGCUAUCAGUCCUGUCGUGGGCUCAACUAUCGGCACCCUCGCUUCGCCCCAGACUAAAGCCAUGACACCGAUCACCUCUUUGGGGAGAGAAGUGGGGGCGAUCGUGGAAGACGAAGAAGGAGAGCUCCGCGCUGGCAGUGGCAUGGGCACGCCACCGGAGGACAUACAACGACAUGACCGGUUUGGGACAAAUUCGACUGUUAGGCCGGACACUGUCACAGUUUGUUCCCCGAAGGGAAACCCAAAUCUAAAUGGGCAGUCUAUGUCUGUUCAAAGCGGUGAAUCCAGUCUCAACAAUGGGUCAGGUCCCCCGAAUUCAACCAACAACCAAUCGUCUGUUGCUCCUUUCCUCCUCCGAAGCUCUCUAUCAUCGUCAAAUUCCCGUGCCUCCCUCGACUCCCAACCACAUUUUCCCCUGCUGCAACACAGGGUGGCGGCUUCCAUUCCCCACCAUCGCUCCGCCAUCUUCAGUAAUGUCAACCCCAAUGAACAGCUCUCCCAACAGGUUAGCGAAGGGACGACGAUCGCACCAAUCUCUCCUUUUGUUCUUCGACAACUUCCCAAACCUCCGGUAAACCCCCGUGAUCAUUCGUUACUCGAAAUGAUCUACAAUGAGAUGCAUUCCUCCAGGUUCAUCAAUUUAUCACCACUAUCCAUUCUUCCUAAUACGCUUGGUCUAUAUUUCAAAGAUGUUCGCACGCACCCGCCUCUUCAGUUCAAGUUUCCCCCAAGAGCGGUACCUCUGGGCUCAGGUUUACGAACAGCUGAUCAGGCCCAUGACUCGUACCACCCUGAGUACGAUGAGAAUGAGGGUCGGGAUGCCAUACCUACACUCCCUAUGGUCACUGAACCCCGGGCCAGGAGACACUCCUCAGCUGCUCCAAGCCAAAAACAUUUCUUUGUAUCAAAUCCUCCCAACGGUGGUUUAGACGGAAGGGAAGAUGGAUGUGACGAGGAUAACUUCCUCACCGUGCGAAGUCUGAUCAGGGGCACUUCUCCCUAUAUUUCCUUGGACGACUCGCCGCCAGCAGCCUUUUCCCCAUCAGCUCGUGCUUCCUUCCUCAGAUCGCCAUUGAAGCAAAGAAUCGAGUUCCCUUUAUCUGACUCUGAAAGAGCUGGUCGGGCGUCACCAGACAGUCUUGAAGCUGUCAAUGCCACUCCUUUUUCAGUCGCGGCAUCGGUUUCCAUGCUGAGAAGUAGGCUGCCUAAUAAGAGACUGAAUGUCGACCUUCGAAGCUUGAAUCUCCAUCUUUGUGCACGAGUAGCCGAAGUCCUUGCAUGCACAGAGACCAUGUGGGAAUGGGUCCAGGAGUAUCAGGAGAAGAUACGAGUAGAAAAGGCCACAAGGACGCAGAGGACUCGAUCCAAAUCUGUCGACGUUCAUCCGCGCUUCAUCACGCCAGCACCAGAGACGACAAGUGAUCGUCUCAUGGCAGCGGUAGGCCGCCUCGCGAGAGAAGAAUUUGAAGACUUGUUACUGAGAUUUUAUUUGGAUAUGCAGGACCAUGUUGGAAUUGAUCAUGCUAUCCAAAAGAGAUUUGGUUGGAGUACACUCCGGACGUCGCCAACCGCGGAGCGUAAGAGCUUCGAUGACGCCUGCAAACGGUAUGCGCUUUGGGAGCAGGAUCAGCAGGCACGACGUGUUGAUCGUCCCCACGCGUCAUCUAGGACAUGGACGCGACCACUUAGCGCGUCUUACACUUCCAAUUUCUCGCCCCUCGACUCUCUUACGUCGCCGCCAGAGGCGGUCUUUCAGCUCGAGCCGGCUACGAGCGAAGGAGGGGCUUCUAAUCUGACUCCUCGUCCAUCUGCAGAUACUUCACGGGGAAGACCGCGUAGAGAGCGGUCAUCGUCGUAUAGUGCACCCAGAUCCCAAACGCCUCACGUAUCUUCGGAGCCAAACAGGCUGAGCCGGGCUAUGCGAGUGUUCGUCGCAUGGAAGUCGGAUUGAAUACGCUCAGUGUGCCCAUCUAUUACCAGAAAGGGUAGUCAGUUCUACCUUCCGCCGAUGAACGACAACAUUCCACCACGUUGGAUACCUACCCCUUGAUCGACGAAUACUCGAAAAUGAUUUUAUGAUUUCUUCGUCUUUAUUGAUAACAUCUUCUCCCGUACGAUUUCGUUUCCUGUCUGAUAUUGUUUCGUGUGUUUUCAGUUUGUUGUCCACUGUACAUUUCGUAGUUCUAUCCUUAUUUUCUCAUCUAUCCCAUCAUAGAUGUGUAUCCUUAUAUUUCUCGACGCUUCAUCUUCUUUCAAUCCAUUCUUGUAUGUAAUUAAUAAUGUCAUGUUUUUGGUCAAUUUCUGGCUGUUGUACGCGUACUGACAGUUUUUCAUAUUACCUAUCUACGUCUGCGGUAGUACUAUCCGGUGCUCUGGGG